AUGUCAAGUUCCACGCAACGCAAUCUCACGCUCACGGAGGAGCUGGAAAGAUUGGAGCAAUCGAUCACUUUGACCCUCCAAGAAAUUGACAGCAAUUUUUCCCGUGCUCAUCGAAUCGUCACUACCAGUAUCCUACCUAUCGUUGAGCAGUACGCAGAACACUCCAAGGAUGUCUGGGAAGGAGCCAAAUUUUGGAAACAAUUCUUCGAAGCAAGCGCCAAUGUCUCCCUAUCAGGCUACGAAGAAAUGCCAAACGAGGACACAACAACAACCACAGACCACGAGCAAACGGUAACCGAAGACUCGACCAACAUGACACAGACAAGUCUGGACGAUGAAGCUGUAUCUUACCAAACUCCUUCAUCCGAACAUUUGGGUCUGGGGCAUCAACUUCACCAUGAUGAAAGCGAAUUGGAUAUUUCGGCACUUACUAUUUCUCCUUCGCACAGUACGCCUCGACCGCGGGCUUAUGUAAAGGGUGGUGAGACUCCUACGACCGGUGGAUAUCCUGCAGGCUACUCUGAAGACGAACCUGAUCGCGCUGGAUAUGACGACUCGGCCCUUCCAGAGGGUAAUAACGACAGUGGGCUAGUCACACCCGGAAGACAUACAAACGAAACACCAAUGUCCUCCCCCUUCAUCCCACCGCCCACAAUCUCCCGUACAACCCAACCAUCAACCUCAAAGAGACCAAAUACGAACAAAUAUCAAAAACCAACAGAUCCCGUCUUACAUCAUAUCCUCGACAAAACAUACCGUGUCCAAGCCACACCAUUAUCAAAGACAUACAAACCAACGAAAUUCUCCGUUAGCACGCCCAAAGAGAAAACUUCCGACAAUAAGAAAUUGAACUACGAUGACUCGCCAAUCUCUAGUCCUGAGCUUGAAGCUCCGAAACUAAGUGAAGAACUAUUUGCAUACAGAGGAUGGAAAGGCGCAGGGCCAAAUACACCCGGCACAAAUCGAAAGGCUUAUCGUCGUAGUCCUCAGAAACGGACACCGAAACCUGGGAUUAGUGUUUUGACGCCUGCCAAACCUAGACUAUCACUUCUAAGCAAGGACAAGAAGAAGAAGACUACUACAGGCGGUUGGGAAAGUGACGAGGACAAUUUUGAUGAUGAUGAUGAUGAAGAUACAGCCGCAGCAUUGGGAUUUAGUCCUCCCAAGACCAUGCAAUUCCAUAUUCCACAUAGUCGGUUAAUGAAGACGCCCGCCAAAGAAGCGUCCAAACGCAUCGUAUCGGAUCUUCUUGCUACAGCAGGUGGUGGUACGGGGACUACAUCGGAUGAUAUGACGGAUGAUUUUUAUAAUAAGUAUCGAGCAGUUGCGGACGAGGAGCAUAGUCCUACCGUUGUACGGAGUGGAGGGCGAUUGGAGGAUGAUACUUUCUAG